GGCGCUGUUUCAAAUUCAGCGAUUCUCCGCUCUCAGAAAGAGUCCGAGCUAACGCGUAGCUUUAGUUUUAACACGUCUUAAAAAGGUUAUGGAGCCUGGCCUGCAUGGCCCCUGUUUUCUAAUUCCUCGCUUCAGCUGGAUAACAUCGUAGUCUGGGGGUCUCCUUGCCUGUCAGCCGGGCUGAAGCUGGUUUGUGCCGUUAGUCGCGUCUGUUGUUGUUGGCUGGCAACAGGUGUGGAGGUGUGGCGCCGGCAGCGUUACUCAGCUUGUUUUCACACUUUAAGCUCAAAAUAUGCAAACCACAGACAUUGGCAGUAAAGAAGACGGGAAAUUAUGGCACCGCAAACCAGUGGCGUCGAGUAAUGGCAUCGUGGUGACUGUGGUUCGCAGCGCGUCCGCUUACCAAAGCAAGACGGUCCGUUUCCUCCAGGUAGCGUUUGACACUACUGGGGAGUCGUUCCUUGCUGGUGAUCACCAUGGCAAUAUUUAUGUAAUUGACAUUAGCAGAAACAGAUUCAAGCUGGUUCAGAAAACGGGGCAAGCAUGCACGGCCUUAGCUUUCAACCUGCGCAGGACGACCGAGUACCUGGUAGCCCUUUCCGAUUAUUCCAUCAAGUGCUUCGACCAAGACACCAAGCAGCUGGUGAGCUGGAUGAGGGGCCACGAGGGCGCCGUGUCCUCCCUGUCGGUCCACAGCUCCGGACGCUACGCUAUCAGCACCUCCUCUGACACGGCUCAGCUGUGGGACCUGGACACCUUUCAGAGGAAGAGGAAACUGAACGUGCGCCAGUCAGUGGGCGUACAAAAGGUGUUCUUCCUCCCGCUGAGUAACGCCAUUCUAAGCUGCUUUACUGACGGCUCCAUCUUUGCAUGGGAGAGCGACACACUGUUCAGCAAAUAUCAGCUGCCUGUCCCACAGGAUGGACCCAGGAUACACUACAAAGCAUUUGCAGUCACACAAGACGGAAAGACGCUGGCUGCAGGUGGACGCUCAAACUUGAUCCACUUGUGGUGUCUGGACAGCCAACAGCUUUUCAGAGUCAUACAAAUGCCACCGAAAGUGCGGACCGUGAGACACAUUAACUUCUUGCCAGACAGCUUUGACGGAGGAUCGAGCCAGGUCCUGGGUGUCUUGAGCCAGGAUGGCGUCAUGCGCUUCAUCAACAUCCACACGUGCAAGCAGCUCUUUGACAUCGGGUCCUGCGACGAUGCCAUCACCUCAGCAGCCGUUUGUCCUAAAGGACGGCACAUUGCUGCUGUAAUGGACAAUGGCUCCCUGAGAGUCUACAACGUCCAGUCUCUCACUCAAGAGACCAAUAAGCCUCCUCAACCCCUGGUGAAAGUGGUGACUACAAACAAGCGAGGUGACAGUUCCUGCUUGAAGAUGAAGGUGCAUACAGGAGCAGUGCAGCGUCCAGCCAAAACAUCUGGUCGCAGAAUACAGACCAAACGUCUACGAACCCCGGCUGUUUCCGCACUUGAGGACAAAGAGAACGAUAUGCCAGAUGCGCUUAAUAAGAAGCGAUUACGGACUUUACUGAGGACGUUUGGGGAGUAUCCAGAAAAAUACAGGAUGUUUAUUUGGCGCUCUUUGCUGCAGCUGCCUGAGAAUCACGCUGCUUUCAGCAGUCUGACCGACAAAGGCGUUCACUCGGCCUACCUCUGCCUCCAUGAGCGCUACCCCAUCAAGAGUCACAGACUACAGAGAGGACUGCAGAGGGUUCUCUCUGCUCUGGCGCACUGGUCAAGCAUUUUUGGUGAGGCUGAGUAUCUCCCCCUUGUAGCAUUUCCAUUUGUCAAGCUCUUUCAGAACAAUCCCCUCAUAUGCUUCGAAGUGGUGGCCACUGUCAUUGUGAACUGGUGCCAGCAUUGGUUUGAGUACUUCCCAAACCCUCCACUCAAUAUUCUAAGCAUGGCAGAGAAUGUGUUGGCUCAUCAUGACAAGGAACUGCUGCAACAUUUUGUCGACUGUGGUGUCACUUCUCAGCUUUAUGCAUGGCCCCUGCUGGAAACCCUGUUUACUGAGGUGCUGACAAGAGAAGAGUGGUUAAAGCUGUUUGACAACAUUUUCACCAACCACCCUUCUUUCCUCCUGAUGGCCGUAGUGGCCUAUGUGACCUGCUGCAGAGCUCCGUUACUCCUCUGCACUCACAGACAGGACUUUGAGUACUUUUUCCAUCAUCGGAACACCCUGGACAUAAGUGCCAUGCUGAAGGAGGCGUAUCGUUUGAUGGAGACCACCCCUGCAGACCUGCACCCGAGCUCCAUGCUGAGUGACUUUGAGCCCCUGACGCGCGAUCAGUACCCCAUCUUCAACAAGUACCCCACCUUCAUAGUGGAGUACCAGAGCCAGGAGCGCGAACGCAUCCGCCAGCAAGAGGUGGAAUACCUCAGAGAGAGGCAGGCUCUUCAGGAUUUGCGUGCAGAGGCUGUGAGGCAGCAGGCUGAGGACGAGGCCUGGUACACACAGCAGGAGCUACUGCAGGAAGCUGAGGAACAGCGCCGAAGAAUCUUACAGCAAGAGGAGAACAAACUCGCUGAGCAAAGAGCUAGGUUGGGUGCUAUGAAACGGGAGUUGAAGGUGAAGGAGCUCACGCUGCUCGAUGCUGCCAGGAGACGCUUCCUCAAGCACCAGCAGAACCAGCAGAAGAUCGAGCUCAACCGACUGGAUGAUGAGAUCCAGAGAAAGGUGACUUUGCGAGCGCAGGAGACUGCUGCGGCCAUGCAGGAUAUGGAAGUCAGACAAAUGGAGCUGGAUGCUCAGAGAAGGUUGUUUGAGCAGCAAUUGGCAAAAGAGCAAGAGCGCAUGAGACAGGAGGUGAGAACUGAGGUGGACGCCCGGCAACGAAGGGCGGAGGCAGAGGACUCCACCUUUCAGAACCUCCUUCACACAGACAGAGACAGCAGCCAGGAAACCAAACGGGUGCUAGAGGAAUCUCUGGCAGAGGCGGGGCAACUGGAAGUGGACGCUGACUGGCAGACAGAAGUGAUCAGGCGGUUGGAGAAGGCGGAUGAGGAGCAGGAGAGACGGAGGCAGCAGCUGGCCGAGCUCAGUAGAGAAACGCAUGCCAAGGAGGAGCAGCUUGUACAGAUGAUGAUGGAAGUAGAGGGCAAGCAUUGGAAUGACGUGGCAGCAAAGCGAAGCCAGUUGGAGAAGGAAAAGCAAGCAGCUGCAGAAUCCCAGCGGAGAUCACGGCCCUCCCAGCAGGCAGACGACACCACACAGAACAAACUGAGGAGGAGCCAAGAGGGGUCCAUCAUUUCUCUGGACCGUGGUCGAGGAACACUGGACCGCGAGGAGCGAGAGCUGCUGCAGGAGGUGAGAGAGCUCCGGCAGAAACUGGCCACCAGAGCACGAGCCGCAGACUGGACCUCACAAUCGCUCAGCUCACAGCACUCUGUGACUUCGUGAACAGAACCAAGUUUACUGGACUCUACAUGCACAGUUGAGUCAUUGCACCAAAGCGGUGUUUUUAUUUUUUGUGUACAUCGGUCCACGUUGGAUCCCUUAGAUUACCUCAACUAUGGACUACAGUAAACUUUUUCAUUAUUGUUAUUAAAGUGCAGAUCACCCAUCACAGCAGUCUAAACAGUGUCAAAUUUUUCAUCUCAUUAUUUUGACUAAAUUCUGUGCUUCUGAGCAUUUUAUGGGAUUAGUAAUUAUUCCAUUUUAAAAGUUGCAGGAUUGCAUGUUUUUAAUGCUAAACCUUGUGCCAGCCCUGUGAUCCAAGUUGAUAUCCAUGCUUAAAUGGGAAUUCUGAGUCAUUCAAAGUAAUUAAUUGUGAAAUUUAAUUGAACUGUCAGUGAUGGUGAUCGGCUCGUUCUUCAGGUUUUUUGACAGAAUUUGAAAAUGCCCAGUUCAUGAUGAAUGGGCCAAAACAAAUGACCCAAAAUGACUUGGAAAAAGUUCUGGUUCCAUUGACUUACAUUAAAAGUAAAGUAUGUUUUUUCCUUCUCCUGUAAAUUUACCAUUUUGGAGAUACAAGGUUUUGUUCUGACAGCAGCGAUAUGCUGACUAAUGCUUGAGACAGAGAAGUUUUUGCCUAAAAUGUAGAUGUUUGUAUAGGCAUUAAGGCAAAAUGUAUUUUUUGGGAUUUACCACUGUUUUACCGUCAACAUGACACAUAAAAGAUCAGAAGACCCA